CUCGCCGCGACUAGACAUUCCGGGGCUCCGCAGCUACCGCCAGGGGAUGCGGGCUGUAGCCGGGCGAGAGAGCACCGUGUCCGGUUAGUUUGGCUCCGCUUAUGGCCGCAGUUUGGCUCCGGUUCGCGUGGACGCUGCUGACGGUCUGUGUCCGGCUUCACGCGUCAGAAAACCCGCGACCCGGCUUGGACCUCCUCCUCCCGUACUCUCACGGUCACGGCCCCUCCCACUCCCACCGUCACAUCAGAGACUGUCAGCCUGUGGUCCAUGGGAACAGCACCAAUGAGACGUGGAGGGGUGACUCUACUGAGGGAGAGGAGGCUCAGUCCACUGUGUUUGUGACCAAUGUGAAGGGCGCGACCGCUCCACGCUGGGUCUACGGUCACAUGACGGUAGUGCAGGACCCCCUCAGGACUCUGUCUGUACUGGAGCCUGGAGGAGCGGGCGGCUGUGGGCAGAGCCAUGUGACCCCGGUGGAGCUGACGGCCCAAUCAGGAGGCUGCAUUUACGCUCAGAACGCGGGCUUCUUUAACACCAAAGAGGGCCACUGUCUGGGGAACGUGGUGAGCGACGGGAGAGUGGUGAGGAGCACUGGAGUCCAGAACGCUCAGUUUGGGAUCAGGAGAGAUGGGACGCUCGUGUUCGGGUAUCUUUCUGAGGAGGAGGUUCUGGACCAGAGGAACCCUUUUGUGCAGUUGGUCAGUGGAGUGGUGUGGCUCCUGAGAGACGGACACGUUUAUAUCAACCAGAGUCUGCAAGCCGAAUGUGACAAAACCCAAGAGACAGGAGUAUUUCGUCACUUCGUAGAUGUGAUUUCCGCUCGCACUGCAGUGGGACAUGAUUCUCAGGGCAAAGUGGUGCUGGUUCAUAUCGAUGGACAGACUGAAAUCAGAGGGAUGAACCUGUGGGAAAUGGCCGACUUCCUGAAGGAGUACGGAAUCGUGAACGCCAUAAACCUGGACGGAGGUGGAUCCUCAACGUUUGUGAGGAACGGAGCCCUGGCCAGCUACCCCUCUGACCACUGCCAACCUGACAACAGGUGGCGCUGUGCUCGGGCCGUCUCCACUGUGCUGUGCGUGCACCCCCGUCGCUGUGAGGCGCACUGCAAUAAACGUGGCCGCUGUGUGUCCGGUCAGUGUGAGUGUGAUCGAGGCUGGAGCGGAGAGAGCUGUGACAGAGCAGAGUGUAAGCGGGAGGGCUGGGACCACGGCAUGUGUACUCAAGAGGGCUGUGUGUGCGACGCUGGAUGGACCGGACACAACUGCAGCAAAGAGUGCCCCUCCGGUCUCUAUGGUGACGGCUGUAAUCAGACCUGCACCUGUCUGAGGGGCACCUGUCACCCAGUGCAUGGCCUCUGCACCUGUCCUCCAGGAUUCACCGGGAGCAUGUGUGAAAACGUGUGUCCUCUGGGCUCGUUUGGCUCCUCCUGCUCUGAGCUGUGUAACUGUUCAGACUCAUGCUUCUGUGAUCCUCACAGUGGACAGUGCAACGCCUCCCUCACACCUGACAUCAACACUACACUGCACACAGUGGGCCAGUGUGUGGGCAGUCAGAUGUUUGGAUCAUGGAGACGAGAGGAGAGGUCUAAACUGGAGCUGCACUAUCUGUCCCAGCGCACAUGGCUGAUCUUCGCCCUCUCUCUCGUCCUCCUUCUCCUCUUCAUCAGUCUGUCUGUGCACCUCCUCAGCUUCUGCAGGUCCUCCUCUCUCUCCUCUGCCGUCGAUCGCCCGUACUCCUACGUCCCUCUCCACGACAUUAACGGCUCCGUCGUCACGGGAGACACGGACAAAACCCAGACCGGACUGUCUCAGAUCGACUCGGACUCAGAGGAUGAGAUCUGGACCCCGCAUUCUGUCAGAUGACACGCAGAGACACACUGGUCUGUUCUGAUGCUGUGAGAGAGGAGCAAAGGAAGAACUCAGCUGAGAUUUCAAAUAUUUUAUGAACCAAGAAAGACCAAGUCCAAAAGGAGCUCAGCAGUGACCGACCACCACUUCCAGAAGUCAAUUUCUCGUUCAUUUCCCCCAUAGAUUAAAAAAAAUCCUAUUAAACGUGAAAGCUCCGGGAUGAUCAGCUCUGUGGUAACUAUGAUAAGAGAACCUUUAUCUGUCCCACACUGAGCAAAACCUACCAGCCCCAAACACCUUUAACCUCCUAUUAUCAGAAUGUUUUGACAAGUCUAGGGGGAAAUGAAUGGGACAUUCACGUCCAACAGCACAACUGUUGAACUGGAUAUCAUUUUCACACAAAAAUAUUCCAUUCUCAAAGAAUCUCUUGCCACUGACUCUAUGUGUUCACUAUGUUCUCAAGAAAUGACUCUAUGAAAGCACCCGAGAAACACUCAAGGCCAAGGACCCGAGCAUUCCACCGGUUUAGUCCUGGUUUACACCUGGUUUAGUCCUACCUACAUAAAGAGGAGCAAGGACUGAAAUCCAGCGUGAGGGACUUUUGUAGGAGCAGAUCAGGUCCAAAGAGAAACUGGGUUCAUGUAAAGCACAAGUUUUAGUCACGGCUGUGGAGCUUGCACUUUAAAGCUGGUUACUAACUUGUAAUAGAUAUUUAUUACUCAUUUAUAACAGAAAUAACUGUCCUAAAAGCACAUCUCUUUAACCAGCAGCUUGAAUGUUACAGCUGAAAAACCAGAAGAUAGAUAGAUACAUGGAUGGAUAGAUAGAUAGACAGAUAGAUAGAUACAUGGAUGGAUAGAUAGACAGACAGAUAGAUAGAUACAUGGAUGGAUAGAUAGACAGACAGAUAGAUAGAUACAUGGAUGGAUAGAUAGACAGACAGAUAGAUAGAUACAUGGAUGGAUAGAUAGACAGACAGAUGGAUAGAUACAUGGAUGGAUAGAUAGUGAUAAAAGGAAUUGAAUGGCAUUUGAUUCAUGAGUGAAUCAGCGUGACGUGGACUAACACUGAAUGUUCAGUGGUAGUGUUUUAAAGUUCCUAUGCUCUGCUACACUGCCUUUUCUCUCUGUAACAUUGUUCUAAUGCAAUGAAAUGUUCAUUAUUACUAUUUUAUAAUCAUUGUUAUUUCACUAAAACAGAGUUAAGAUCAUUACAUUUAAGAUUAUGCUAAAAAUGUAAAACAUUUUUUCCCAGUUUGGCAGGUUUAGGUUUAGGUUAGGGAAUUCUGCUGCCUGUUUCCUGGCCAUGUCGUACUCUGGGCCAAACCUCCCCUAACGUGCACAGACAUUAUUGUUUGACAAAUUAAAAAAUUAAGAAAACACAUGUAUUUUGUUGAAGUCAUGUUUAAAUGGAGUCUAACUUUUGGACAAAAUUCUCCCGAUGUCGUCAGUAUGAACUCUUUAAAAUAGAACUGUGCUUUCUGUCAUUUUUAACACAGUUUUUUCUUGAUUAGUGUAAAACUAUCAUUUAUUACAUUAAUUACAAAACUUUUACAUUUACAUCAGAUGUUCUCCCACCAAAUGAAAUCAAAAUGAGAGAAUCCUCCAAACCUGUCCUUCUUUAAAUGAACACGCGCAUGUCAUUAUUGUGUGUUGGAAUGUAAUUUUGUGGCUGAGCUGUUUAUUUCUCCGCUGUUUGAAUGUAACUGAUCUAAUGUAUUAAAAUAUGCACAGAUCUUUGUCUAAAUGUGAUCAAACUGCUCAAAGUGUUUUAAUAAAGAGACUAUUCUUUUA